AAAAAGAGCCCAAACACGGGGAGAUAGUCUUCCUCUUCCUUCAGCUAGGGUUUCGAUUCGAAUCGGUUUCUCUCUCCUCUUCUUCUUCCUCCUCUUCCCACCUUUCCUUCGACAGCAGAACGCCACGUCCGGCGAUCCGGAUCGCGGGCUACCCUCGACGCGGCAGGCGCGUUCGAGAUCGCAAAUCGCAGGCUGAUGAGCGUCUACGGUGAACCUGAACCGGGCAAGAUAUCAGCGGUAGCUGUUGAGGUAACAGUAAAGAAGUAAAAGAAGAACAUAUGCUGGAAAUUGACAAGAUGAACCAAGCCAGUCAAGUAAUCAACUCCGAUGCCUCAGCCAGUGCCCCUUUGAAACGCAAACGUGGUCGUCCACGAAAGUAUCCCAUGCCAGAUGAAAGCCCAAUCUUUGCAGAGCAUGCCCGUGCUCUGAGGGAUCAAAACAUUGAUCGUGGAUCUAAAAUCCAUGUCCCUCCUGCGUAUAAAUUUGUGAAUGGAAACCAACCCCGGCAAGUAGAUGCAGCCAACAGCUCAAACAACAUCUCAAUAGGACAGUUGGUUUCUGGUGUCGUCGAAGCAGCAUUUGAUGGUGGUUAUCUCCUUGCGGUUAGGGUUGGCAACUCUGAUACUACUUUAAGGGGUGUUGUGUUCAAGCCCGGGCGAUAUGUACCUGUUUCUGCAGAAAACGAUGUGGCACCAAACAUCCAAAUGAUCAAAAGAAAUGAGAUUCCUCUUCAGAGUGAGAGUUAUAUACAGAUGCAGGUCUCUGGCCCUCGUUCUAGAGAGAGGAAUGGAACCACCAGUCUCGUGGCAUCACCUCCUGGCUCAGCUGCCUUGAAAGGUAGGCAGGUAGCUCCAGGUACAGCUCAGCCUAUUCGUCCGGUGACAUUGAGAGGCAAUGUGGUGCCCGUGGUACUUCAACCUCUCAGUACUUCUGCAAAUGGUUUGCCUGUUCCCAAUCAAGCUUCUUCGGCUUCAAUCCAAGAUCAUAUAGCUUCAUUAGGUAAGCACGUGGCACCGGUUUCUGUCCAAACCUUCUCUCCUUUAAAUGGAUCUUCAUCCAAAAAAGAAGUACCAGGAAGUGUGGCACAUGUCCAAAGUGAAACUGCUAUUGAUACUCAACACCCAAAUGGGGCGUUGCGUGAGGUAGAAACCAAGUCAACAGGGACUCCUGGUAUGCCUUUUGAGAAUCUAAUGACAGAGGUCAUGAAGAGAAUUCAUGAACCUUCACAAGUAGAGGCCGAUCAAAACGAGAGCAGCAAGUCAGGUGAUAAAUCUGGCAGUACUCCAGAUGACGAGGAUAGUGAUGAUGAUCAGCCUCUUUUCAUCGAGCCUUUACAAGCCGUGCAACCCAAUAUCAACCCGCACCUAAACGCCAUGCCUCCACAUCUGGACAGCAGCAGAACUGGCAAAAUGACCGAGCUGUUGCAGGCUUUGCAGGAAAAUGCAAUGAAGAGCGAGAUGCCUGGAGAUCGAUCUUUCAAGAACAAUUGAAAUUGAGCUGACAGGAGAUGAGGGAGAUUUGGUGGGGGUAACCAGUGCUUUUGUCAAAAUAACAGCUUUAGUAAUUGUGUACUCCUAACUUUCUUUAGGUCUAGAUUUAGGUAUUGCCGCUUUUUAGACUUUAUUCACUUAAUUCUGCAAUAUGUCUUGAAGCGCUGGUCAAAGAUGUAGAGAAUUCAACGUGGUUAAAAAUUGGAGACAGCUUUUUCUAGCAGUA